UCCUCUACGGAAACAUCGGAAAAAAAGAAAGAAGGAAGAAGAAAUGGAAACUCUGAGUAAAGACAUAACUCCUAUAAAUGAAGAUAUUCAAGAGACUAAUAUUGCUUAAUGGCUAUGAGGGUAUCUCCAGGCUGGUGGCAAGCUACAAAAUGUCUUCCUCAUUUGAAAAUGGACAGAAUGUGUCUCAGGAAAACAGCUAGUAGAAAUGAAUCUUAAAUACUGUAUUUACUUUUUGUUUUUAUUUGUAACUUUAGUAUGUGUUAUUAUUUUUAAUAAUAAUUUUAUUACAGUCUAGUAAUUGAGAAAAACCACUUGGUUAGGUAGCAAUGAUAAGAAGAGGAGACAUUUCAAUAAAUUUCCUCUUGUGUUUUGUCACUAAGGUUACUAGUCAAAUAAAGAAGUGGGAAGGAAUUUAGAUCUUAGGAACUGAAUUAAUAAUAAAGCUACAUUUCCACAUGCUUACCAUAUGCUGAGUUUGAAAUAUAUUAUUUCAUUUAAUCCUUUCAACA